UAACUAAUGGAGAAAAUGGCCUUCGGGUCCUUCUCAGAGGAUGAUUUUUCCUGUCCUGUGUGCUGUGAAAUCUUCAAGGAUCCCGUUCUUCUGACCUGUUCUCACAGCAUCUGUGCAGGCUGCUUGCAGCGGUUCUGGGAAACCAAAGGAUCCAGGGAGUGCCCAGUGUGCCGGACACAGUGCUCGAAGGAGAUGUAUCCCCUCAACCUGGUUCUAAAGAACCUGUGUGAGGUGUUCCAGCAGGAGAGCAGUCACAGAGAACCCGUCUGCAGCCAGCACCAUUCAAAGCUCAAGCUCUUCUGUGAAGAUGACAAGCAGCUCGUGUGUUUGGUGUGUCGAGACUCGAAACUCCACAAAAAACACAAAUUCAGUCCCAUCAGUGAAGCAGCACUUGAGCAUAAGGUGGAAUUAACAAUCCUUCUGAAGACCUUUGAGGAGAAACUGGAGACUUUCAAUAAAGUUAAAAUCCUCUAUAAUAAAACUGCACAGCACAUUAAGGUGCAGGCCCAACACUCAGAGAGGCAGAUCAAGGAGGAGUUUGAGAAGCUUCACCAGUGUCUACAAAAAGAAGAGGCAGCCAGGGUAGCUGCAGUGAAGAAGGAUGAGAAGCAGAAGAGUCAGAUGAUGAAGGAGAAGAUUGAGAAGAUGAGCAGAGAGAUCUCAUCUCUUUCAGACACAAUCAGAGCCAUAGAAGAGGACAUGGGAGCUGCUGACAUCACAUUCCUGCAGGUAGAUGUUUUUCAUUUAUAA